AAUCCCAGAAAAUGCCCAAGAUGAAUUCUGUUCUUCUAUGCAGCGUGAUGAAUGUCUUGUUAAUAAUAAGUAUAGUUGUUUCUGUAGCUGAUGCUCAAAGUGACGAAGACUACAAGGAGGAAACUGAGGAAUGUCAAUCAAUAAUGCAAUGCUGGGUGCCGGCAGUUGAUUAUUUUACUGACCACGCACAUUUCUAUCUCAACAACGCAACGGUUGCAGAAUUCUGUGCAGUCUUGGAGGAGUUCAAAUUGUGUGUGGACAGAACCCAGGCUGCUUGCAGUAACGUAAUUUAUCACCUUGUCGCAGAUAAUGUAAAAGAUAUGGGCAAUAUAGUUUGUGACGCCGCAGGGGGUCCGAAGUUAAAAUUUGUGUGA